UGGGUUAAAUCCCCGCCCCGCUUCAUUCCUGCGUUGUUUGGGGACAGUAGGAAGAUGGCGGCGGCCCCGCUGUACUGUGUCUGCCGGCAGCCCUACGAUGUGAGCCGGUUUAUGAUCGAGUGCGACAUCUGUAAAGAUUGGUUUCACGGCAGCUGUGUGCAGGUAGAAGAGCAUCAUGCUGUGGAUAUCGAUGUCUACCACUGUCCCAACUGUGAUGUUGUACAAGGACCCUCCCUGAUGAAAAAGCGCAACAACUGGCACAGGCAUGACUACACGGAGCCAGAUGAUGGAUCAAAGCCGGUGCAGGCUGGGACUCCAGUAUUUAUCAAGGAGCUCCAGAACAGGACCUUUGCCAGUGGUGAGGAAAUUCUGAGGCGGAUGAAGGGCGAGCAGGUGACACAGAGAUACCUGGAGAGACACGGCUUCAACUACCCCAUAGGGGUCACAGAGAUGGAGGGCCUGGGACUCAGACUACCAGCCCCCACCUUCUCCGUCAGAGAUGUGGAGCAGUAUGUGGGUGGAGACAAAGUCAUCGAUGUGAUAGAUGUGGCGCGGCAGGCGGACAGCAAGAUGAAGCUCAGUGAGUUUGUCAAGUAUUUCACCGCUCCGCAUCGACCCAAGGUCCUCAACCUCAUCAGCCUGGAGUUCUCUGACACUAAGAUGUCAGAGUUGGUGGAGGUGCCUGACGUGGCUCAGAAGAUGUCUUGGGUAGAGAACUACUGGCCAGACGACUCCUUCUUCCCCAAGCCCUUUGUCCAGAAGUACUGCCUUAUGGGUGUCAAGGACAGUUACACAGAUUUCCACAUAGACUUCGGGGGCACCUCGGUCUGGUACCAUGUUCUCUGGGGCGAGAAGGUCUUCUACCUGAUCAAGCCCACUCCCGCCAACCUUGCACUAUAUGAGGCAUGGAGCUCCUCGCCCAAUCAGAGUGAAGUGUUCUUUGGAGACAAAGUGGACAAGUGUUACAAGUGUGUCGUACCCCAAGGAACCACGCUGCUCAUCCCUACAGGCUGGAUCCACGCCGUUCUCACCUCUCAGGAUUGCAUGGCGUUCGGAGGGAACUUCCUUCACAACCUCAAUAUUGGCAUGCAGCUCAGGUGUUAUGAAAUGGAGCGCCGUCUGAAAACCCCAGACCUCUUUAAGUUUCCGUACUUUGAGGCCAUCUGUUGGUAUGUGGCCAAGAACCUCUUGGAGACACUAAAAGAGCUACGAGAGGACAGCUGUCCUCCACCAACCUACCUGGUGGAGGGAGUCAAGGCUUUAAUCAGUGCACUGAGGACGUGGUUGAAACGAGAGGUGACUGAGCCCACCAGUGAGGUACCAGACCAUAUCAGGCCCAACCAUCUCAUUAAAGAGCUGACUAAGGAAAUCCGCUACCUGGAGGAGGAACCAGUCAGUGGUAGCAAGCCAGUGAAAUCUCAGGGAAGUGGGUGUGGACUAACAUCUGGAUCAAACGGCUGCCCUGCCACUCGCUCCACACUGGAGAGGCUGUGCCAGGCCCGGCGGGCGAGAAGGGCGGCCAGGCGGCUGAGGGAGCAGCAGCGGCAGGCCCCCAAAGUGCCCUCAAACCUGGACAUCUUAGAGCGGCACACCAGGGAGGUGCUGAGGAGGCUGGAGGUGGGACCCCUGGAGGAGGAUGCGGCGUUCUGUGCCAAGGUUCAUGGGAAGCUCAACAAAGUGUCAACUGCAUCCGCUGCUGCUGCAGAGUCUUCAGAUGACAACCACCUGCGGCUACUGCUGGUCAACGGCAGGAUUAUCAGAGAUAUGAGGAGGUCAGGCAGCAGCCCGUUAAAGACGGCGGGUGAACGAUCACCUGUUGGCCCACCAAAGAAUUGUGUGGAUGUGAAGUCGGAGAGGACACACGACGGCGAAGAGCAGCACAGCACAGUCGAGAAGCCCAAACUCCUCAGCGGUCUGGAGAGGGUGAAGACUGAACUCAGGGAAGAAGUCUCAGGACACUCCAGCGUGUCAGACAUGGAGUCAGACAGCGACUCUCCCACAGAGCAUAAAGCGUCGCCGUUGUCCUCUUCUGACGAGGAUUCAGAGAGCUCCCAGGAGGACGAGGAGGACGAGGACGAGGAGGAGAGGGGCUCUUCUCAGCAGAAAGGCUCAGGGCACACCAUAGAGCUGGACCAGUCUGGCCAGAAACUCAGGCACAAACACAAACCACUCAAACGAGAACGUCCUACCUCACCCAGCACAGAAGAGGCCAUUCAGGGGAUGCUGUCUAUGGCCGGUCUGCUGUGCUCCUCCAAGCCGGAGAAAGUGGCCUCGUCCCAGGAGCCGUGGUGGUCGCCGCUGGAGCAGAGGGAGGUGGUGCAGCACCAACUGCAGGGGGACAAGAGCCCGAUCGACAGCCAGGGCAACAGCAGCGAGGCCUGGGACAAUCAGGGGCUCCCCAGCCCUCUCAGCCGGAGCCACGGCAGCAGCCCAGAGACGGACUACCAGUACUGUGACCCCUCAAUGUCUCCACUGCUGCACCCCUCCAAGAGACACGCCCCCAACCCCCCUCCUAUCAGCAAUCAGGCCACGAAAGGCAAGCGGCCCAAAAAAGGAAUGGCCACCGCCAAGCAGAGACUGGGGAAGAUCCUGAAACUCAACAGACACAGUCGCGUCUUUGUCUAACACUCCAAAUCUUUAAAGACAAAAUCAUACAUGGGGAUGUAUUCUUGAAGAGAAGGAAGAAAAAACAAACAUUUGUGUAUUUGAUACCAGACACUUUGUGCUGUCGAAAUGGUGGUGGUGGGGGGGCAUCGCCGCCCGGAGGCGUCCACAACUGAACGAAUCCUGACACGUAAAACACGCUCACUGUGCAUGCUGAGGAGACAGGGUAUCGGAUUCGAAAUGAGCAAGUGCACGACUUCACUACAAGCACACGUGAAACGAAGCAGAAAAGGCGAGCAUGUCAUGAAAUGUUCUGCUGCGGGGAAAGGUGGACUGAAGCUCCUGCGGGCAUCUGGAGGUCUACCAAACAAACAAACAAACAACCGAAAUGCCCGCCUUGCCGGGAAGCAGCAAUCCUGCUGCCUACUGCUUCUGAUGCCAAGAUCAUCUGCAUCACAUUUACCAAUACUUCCUGAUGAGUGCACCCCCCCCCCCUGCCCGUCCCCAUGACCUUUACUUCCUUCACGGCUGUCUGCGACAAACUGAACAGGAGGGAGGAGCAGAUGAAACGGAGCUGAAUCUCCAGCAGGGUCUUUUAUUUUCCCUCUGGCCCCUGAGAGCAGGGAAACGAGGUGCUACGGAGGAGAACUGAAAUUUCAAAAUGGUGCUUAUUGUUUGUACUUUUCUCCACUCAUGCUCGUCCCUUCAAAAACCCUCACCUCCCGCCCCGAUUGUCCCCGUUUGUAUCUCAAUCACACCAGCAAUAAGAACUGAGGAGAGGAGCGAGUGAGAGGCAGCUCUUUGGGUGCAUUCGUCCCUCCCACAUUCUUCCAUUUGAAAAGUCGAAAUCGGUGCAGGACAGACUCAGACAAAAUAAAGCCUCAGAUCUGCACUGUGGUGUUUGACGAUUAGAGGGGAGGCGCUCAAAGUGCUGCCUCUCUGAAUUUGUUUAAAAUAGGAAUUACGAGUCAUUCACUCGGGAUGGCAAAGGACUUGCGUGAUAUCCUGAUUAAUUUAUUUCUCGUUUUAUCUGUGACGUUGAUUUUUUUUUUUUAUUGUGUUAUUUUUAUGGAUUCUGAAUGAUGUAUUUAUUAAUUGAAAGAGAUGAUUUUAUUAUAUUUGGACCCUAAAAACCUCAGCUAUUCUGAGGGUUUUUUUUUUCCUUGAUAGGGGGUAUUUCUUUUUUGUUUUUUUAACACAUACUUUUUGUAAAUGUGGAUGUUUUCCAGAGUUCAUGUGAUCAUCAUCUGUUGAGUAGCAAUUUACCUACGAAUCUUUAAUUACCUUCUAUUCUGUCACGACUCUUUUCCUCGUCAUCACCCGGUCGAGUAGAUCCUGUGUUGAUUCUUGUCUGGUUUCCUCUUCUCCCUGUAGCCAGAGGUGUUGGGCUAUGUGCUAAUAGAAACUAGGUUAGGUUCAGAGACGUCAACUUCCGUAUGUACACCUGAGCUUUUUCAACUAGUGCCACUUCUCAUAUAGCAAAAAAAAAAAAAAAGUAUUCUGAGCCACUGUUGUUGAUCCAAAGUAGUUGAUGCAUUCAGAAGUGAACAUUUGAGGAACUUCAGUGAAAUGAGCGAGUGUUCUUUUAUAAAAAAAAAAAUCUAGUACAGUGCUGACGUGUGUUUUUGCUCGAGGUGCGCAGUUCUUCACUCAGGGAAUGAUGCCAUGGACAUAACCUUCGAUUAACCACCAGCUGCGAUCAUGGAUGCAGACCGGACGCUCUCAGCACUCACUCAAGACUUUAAAAGAUUUGUCUCCUGCUUUGGAGUCGCUGAGGUUUGUUUGUUUUUCAUUGCUCAAGAAAUAAUUUCCUGGUUGUGGUUUUUCACCUUCUAAUGACAAGCUGUGCUUUCACCGGCCAGUCAUUGCACCUUCUGGGAUCACCUUUACAACUUCUGUCACAUGAAUUUGGGAUUAACCUCCCACAGCUUCUGAACACGUCCUCAGCUCGGCAUUGCACAGGAAAAAAACAAAACAAAACCCCACCCGUUUAAGUUGACUAAUUUCACAUCACAUGAAGUGACACCCAGGCUAACUGUUGCCACGUAGCUUUAAGAGCACUCUUUGAACAGUGUGAAGGCUUCGCUCAGGUUCGACUCGUAGCGCACGUGACCUGCGAGUGCCCUGACGAGGUGUUUCACAUGAUCCCAACACAAAGAAACCAACCUGUAAAAUUGGCAUUAAUCACGUUUCCAGACAGAUUUUCUCCCUUUUCUUACACUACAUUUUAACCUCUAACUCUUUGCAUGUUAAGUCAUUGAAAACACGCGAGCUGGCCCGCAGGCAGGGUUUGUUAUAAGCUGUAGUCUUCACCGUACAGGAUCUGUCCCUUUUUGCUUUUACAUGCAGCUCCCUUGGCAUUUGUGUUAUGUGCGUUGGUUCUUGCAAUAGUUUUCUCCCGAUUUAAAUGGCUUAUGAUUUAAAAUAUACAAACACUGGCUAACUGUGACACUGUUGAUGCGUUGCAUUUUGUUUCUGCAUUUCAAGAAUUGCGUGUAAAUAAAACUAAUGAAAUAACA